AUGAGGGACCUCGGAGAUCCUCCGAGCAUCACCCUCGGGGCAGCCAGGGGGCUUGGUGGGCCACAGAUGGACGGCUGGCCUAUGGAGCCCCAGUGCGGCGGCUGCCUCCUGCCCGGAAAGGACUUGCGCCGGGAGAAUGCCGGCGGGUGGCUGGGCUGGUGUUCGAGGGCUGUGCUGCUGCUGUGCUCCAGGGGGGCCUGCGAGGAGCCGAAAAGCAAAUCCAAAAUCUGUGCCAACGUCUUCUGCGGGGCUGGCCGGGAGUGUGCUGUGACAGAGAAAGGUGAACCCACCUGCUUGUGCAUUGAGAAAUGCAAGCCCCACAAGAGGCCCGUGUGCGGCAGCAACGGCAAGACGUACCUGAACCACUGUGAGCUGCAUCGUGAUGCCUGCCUCACCGGCUCCAAGAUCCAGGUGGACUACGAUGGCCACUGCAAAGAGAAGAAGGCUGAUAAUUCUGCGGCAAGCCCAGUUGUCUGCUACCAGGCUGACCGGGACGAGCUCCGGCGUCACCUCAUUCAGUGGCUUGAAGCGGAGAUCAUUCCUGACGGCUGGUUUUCUAAAGGCAGCAACUACACAGAAAUCCUGGACAAGUACUUCAAGAAUGUUGACGAUGGGGACUCUCGCUUAGACUCCAGCGAAUUCCUAAAGUUUGUGGAACAAAACGAGACCGCCGUCAACCUCACUGCCUACGUGGACCAGGAGACCAACAGGCUGCUCAGGGGACUCUGCGUGGAUGCCCUCAUUGAACUUUCGGAUGAAAACGCUGACUGGAAGCUCAGCUUCAACGAGUUCCUCAAGUGCUUCAAUCCGUCCUUCAACCCACCCGAGAAAAAGUGUGCCCUCGAAGAUGAGACCUACGAGGAUGGGGCGGAGACCCAGGUGGAGUGUAACCGCUGUGUCUGUGCCUGUGGGAAAUGGGUGUGCACAGCCAUGACUUGCGAGGGUAAGACCGAGAAGGUGUCUUUCCAGGGGCAGCAGCCUGAAGAAAAGCUGACAGAAGAAGAACUGGCCAGAUACGUUCAGGAGCUGCAGAAGCAUCAGGAAACUUCUGAGAAGGUUAAGCGAUUGAGCACCAAAGAGAUGUAAGAAGAGUAUGUCUGAAGGCGGGGCAUGUUCCCUGCCUCGCCCACCGGUCUUCCUUCAGUGCCGAUGAUCUCAAUAUGCAAACGUGUUUAGGAUUGAUUGCCCAGUCACAGAUAUUUACAUUGUAUAGCGAUGGGAGGGGGGGACAAAG